GCCUGUGACGCGCGCCCAGCGCACGUGGCGCCGCCUCUCGGCUGCGCUGCGCCCUCGACUGCGUCUCGCUCCGAGUCCGGGGACUACUGCCGCUGGAGCGGGGGGGGGUUCAGCGCGGGGCCUCGCGAGGACUUGCGGGCAAGAGCCACCGACUUGAACCCCCCCAGCCAAGAAGCCGUGGGAUUCGAGACGGCGUCGUCGGACUCCGAACCCUCUCCCUCCCCCAAAUCAGCCUUGAAUCCCCGCAAAGCACCCGGACCCUAAAGGCAGGAAGCGCUGGGUUUCAGAGCUCUGAGCCACGGGCCUUGAGCCCGGAGCCAGGAUAUCCCCGACACCGCACGAGGAACGUCGAGCUCUCAACCCGUUACACACCCGGAGACCGCCCGCUCCCGGGAAAAUAUAAGGGGAGGAGGGAGGCAGGGGGAGGGGACUGCCGAGGUCGUGAUCCCCAUGGCGGAGCAGGAACGAGAGGAGCUGCCCGGGAAGGAACAGAAGCAGCAGCAGCAGGAGAAGGAGGACGAACAGGAGAUGGAGGAGAUGGAGGCGGAGAGUGGGUCCGAGGCCGGGUCCGCGGGGCCCGCAGCGGGGCCCGGCACCGACUCUGACUCGGAGUCCGAGACGGACGAAAGUGAGAAGGAAGCGGAGGUGCAGCGGCUGGAGGAGCAGCUCUCCAUCAACGCCCAUGACUACAACUGCCACACGGACCUCAUCAAGCUGCUGCAGCAGCUCGGGGAGCUCGAGAGACUGGCCAAGGCACGGCAGAAGAUGAGCGAGCUCUUCCCGCUCACCGAGGAGCUGUGGCUGGACUGGCUCAAGGACGAGAUCCGCAUGGGCACAGACGAGGCGGAGCGAGACCGGGUGUCAAGCCUGUUUGAGAGAGCCGUGAAGGACUACCUGUGUCCGGAGAUCUGGCUGGAGUACGCGCAGUACUCCAUCGGCGGCAUGGGCCAGGCGGGCGGGGUGGAGCGGGUGCGCGCCGUGUUCGAGCGAGCGCUCACCGCCGUCGGCCUCCACGUCACCAAGGGCAGCGCCGUGUGGGACGCCUACCGCGAGUUCGAGAACGCCGUGCUCGGCAUGAUGCAGCCGGUGCUGGGCGUUGUGCUGAGCGCCGUGCAGCAGGAGCAGCUGAAGGCGCAGACGGAGCGCCUGAACACCCUGUUCCGCCGCCAGCUGUCUCUGCCUCUCAUGGACAUGGAGGCGUGCUUCACGGAGUACGAGGAGUGGCUGGAGAGCCCCGUGGAGGCCUCUGUGAGGCAGGCGUAUGGCAAGGCACUGAAGCAGCUGGAGAAGUACAAGUCCUUCGAGAACGCCCUGCUAGUGGCAGAGCCCCCGAAGAUGGCGGAGUACCAGGCCUACAUCGAGUGCGAGCUGAAGGAGGGCGACCCGGCGCGUGUGCAGCUCGUGUUCGAGCGAGCGCUCGCCGACAACUGCCUGGUGCCCGACCUCUGGGCGCAGUACACCAAGUACCUCGACAUGCAGCUCAAGAUCAAGGAGGUGGUGCUGCCUGCUCACCGCCGCGCCACCAGGAACUGCCCCUGGGCCACGAGCCUAUGGAAGUCCUUCCUGCUGGCUCUGGAGCGGCAUCACGCGGAGCACGACACAGUGCGCGAGGUGUUCGACAAGGCGCUCGAAUCGGGCUUCAUGCAGGCCACCGACUACACGGAGCUCUGGCAGACCUACAUUGACUACCUGCGACGCCGCGUAGACUUCACGCAAGGUUCCAGCCAGGAGCUGGAGGAGCUGCGGAUGACCUUCCAUCGCGCAGUGGAGAGCAUCCGGCAGGAGGUGGCCCAGCGCUGUGCGGAGGGAGGGGAUUCCUCGAGCGCCAUCCUGCAGCACUGGGCCAGGAUAGAGGCGAACCACUGCCACAACGUGCAGAAGGCGCGCGAGCUCUGGGACCAGGUGAUGUCGCAGGGGAACGCAAAGUACGGCAACAUGUGGCUCGAGUAUUACCACCUGGAGAGGGCAUUUGGCGACGUGCAGCACGCACGCAGGGCGCUGCACCGUGCUGUGCAGUGCACCAGCGACUACCCGGAGCACAUCUGUGAGGCGUUGCUCACCUUCGAGAGGGAGGAGGGCACGCUGGAGGACUGGGACGCCGCCUGCCAGAAGAUCGAGACCAAGCUGAAGCGCGUGAGCGAGCAGAGGGCCAAGGCUGCGGAGAAGGAGGCGCAGAGGCAGAAGCAGGAGGAGGAACACUCUAAAGCCAAGCUUGAGAGCAAGGGAGGCAAGAAGUCCCAGAAGAAGGAGCACGUCUCCUCGGGCAAGCGCAAGGCCGAGCCCGAGUGGGGCCACGAAGCCGCCCAGGCGAGCAAGCGCAUCCGCGAGGAGGCGGGCGGCGGCGUCCCGUGGGAGGAGGACGACGAGGACGAAGAGUCGAAGGGCCGCGACGCGGGCGCCAUGGUGCACGCCAGCUUGGGCCUCUCGGGUGCGCCCCCCCCGUCGGCCGCCGGCAGGGCGUCCGGCCCGGGGUCCUCCGCGAGGCCCGGCCCGUCGCGCGCCGCUCCCGGCUUCUCCAAGGGCAACGCGGAGAAGAAGGGCAAGGCGGCCGAGCAAGCUCCCACCACCACCAAGUUCACCCCAGGCGCGGAGUCGUGCACCGUGUUCGUGAGCAACGUGGCUUACUCGCUGGCGGACCCCGACGCUCGCCUGCGUGAGGCGCUGGCGCCGUGCGGAACCAUCGUGGAGGUGCGCCCCGUCUACUCGCGCUCCCACCACUUCCGCGGCUACUGCUACGUGCAGUUCGACACGGAGGAGGGGGCGCGCGGGGCGCUCGCCAUGGACCGCACGUCGAUCGACGGGCGGCCCAUGUUCAUCAGCCCCUGCGUGGACAAGACCAAGCAGCAGGAGCAGCAGCCCAACAAGGCGUUCAAGUACAGCACAGACCUGGAGAAGCACAAGCUGUUCGUGUCGGGCCUCCCAUUCUCCUGCACCAAAGAGGAGCUCCAGGAGAUGUUCGGGAAGCACGGAAGCAUCCGCGAGACGAGGAUGGUCACGACGCGCGCCGGGAAGUUCAAGGGCCUGGCGUACAUCGAGUACGAGACCGUGAGCCAAGCGGCGCAGGCCGUGCUCAACCUCAAUGGCACCACCGUGAGGGACAGCGUCGUCAGCGUGGCCAUCAGCAACCCGCCGGCGCGGCGCCGCGCCGACCAGCAGCAGCAGCAGCAGCCGGCGGUGCCAGCACGCAGCGUGUACGGAGCGAGGGGCAAGGGCCGCACGCAGCUGGCGCUCGUCCCCCGCGCUCUGCAGCGGCGGGGCGCGGGGGGCAGCAAGUCCCAGAACGGCACGGCCGCGGCGCCGGCGGCGGCCGGCGGCGACGCCACGCCCGCCGCCGGGCCCAUGAUGAGCAACGCCGACUUUGCGCGGAUGUUGCUGAGGAAGUGA